AUGCCUGCUGUUCCCACCGCUUCCGAUGCGGCUCUCCGCGACACCUUCCAGAUCGUCCACGCUUUCUUGUCCGAACAUGCUCCUCAGGCCGCCCAGCAGCUGGCCUCGACUAUGCCUUCCUCUCCUGCUCCGCCCAGGACCCUCGCUUCGGCACUCGUAGACCACGUCCGCAACUCGCCAAGACGCUCAUGGCCUGGUCUUGUAGCUCAGCAGUCGUCUACUACACCUAUGGAUGAAGACGCCGAUUCCGACUCUGGCUCUGAUUCUUCCUCCUCUUCCUCAUCGUCCUCGUCUGGCUCAGACAGCGACGGCUCCAGCUCCAGCUCCGACUCCGAUUCCUCGGACGACAGCGACAGUGACUCAAGCUCGGAUGACGACUCGGACAGCAAAGAGGUCAAGAAGGUCAAGGCUGCUAAGCACGAUGCUCCACACCAGGACAACGAGGCUGCUUCUUCAACCGUCGUGUCUGACUCGCAGGAUGAGGCAGAGGCUGAGCUCCCUAGCAAGGGGAUCGCUACCCUGACACCCGCUUCUUCUGUCGGUCCUUCUACCACAACUGCUGCUAUCACACACAAGCGCAAGCGUGCAGCUUCGACUUCUUCUUCGGAGUCUGACUCGGACGACAGCGAUGACAGCAGUAGCGAUGAGGACAGCGAUGACGAGUCCAGCGACUCUGAUAGUGGUUCGGUUGACAGCGAUAGUGACGAUGAGGAGAAGAACAAGGCUACCAUCAAGAAGGCUGGGGUGGAAGUGAACGAGGCGGUCAAGAAGUCGGAUUCUGAGUCUGACUCUGACGCUGACUCUGACAACUCCAGCUCUGAUUCCGAUUCUAAUUCUCACUCGGAUUCCGGCUCCUCCAGCGACGAAGAGGAGGACAAGAAGAUCGAGACUGUAGCUGUUGCAGCUGCAGGUGGUGACGACGAUGACGACUCCUCUUCAUCCGACAGCGACGACAGCAGCUCCGACUCUUCUGAUUCUUCCGGCUCUGACUCUGAUUCCGGAUCCUUGUCUUCCAGCAGCAGCAGCAGCGGUUCUUCUUCCUCCUCGUCUUCCGACUCUUCCUCUUCAUCCUCUUCAUCCUCAUCCUCCAGCUCGCCCUCAACAAAAGGUCCUCCACCUAAACGUCAACGCACAGAACCAGAAGAACCCGCUGCACCUUCCACACCUGCCACACCUGCUCCCGCACCAUUCAAGCCCGUCGCGAGCAGCGCCUCCACCCCAGGCUCACCCCGCAAAAACAGCCCUGAAACAAACACUCCCUUCCAACGAGUCAAAGCGGAUCAAGUCACAUAUCUUCACGAAGGAAUGAAAGACAUGUCUUACAAUGGCAAAGCAGGUGUCAGCGGUGACGAAUACGGUGCUCGUGCCAGCAGAGAUCUCAUCGUGACGAGGGGUAAAGGUUUCACGAAGGAGAAGAACAAGAAGAAGAGAGGUAGUUACAGAGGUGGUGCCAUUGAUGUAUAUGGUUCGCACAGUAUAAAGUUUGACGAUGAUGAUUAG